AUUUGUUCUGAUAUCGAUCGGAGAUUGAAUGUUUAUGCGUUCGGAAAACUGAUUGACUUUCCCUUUGUCUCUGUAUCGAAGAAGACACCGAUCAACGUUUAUAGACAUUUUUUUCAGCUAUUCACCUGAGUGAAGAUAAUCAAAACCUCGGGGAGAACUUUUGUGCAGUCGACCUUCAAAGGAUUGCAUCAAGGGCGAUCACCCCAGCUUGUUUAUAGACACAACAGAGUUCGUCGUGAGAGGAUCAGCCGCCGUUGGAGGCGAACAACAUAUCAGCUGUCAGCGCUUCGGAACUCAAUAAUCCCAUCGACGACACUACCAAAACGGAAGAAAUGGGCGGACUGCGCAACCGAUUAAUGUGCCGAUUUGUCAGUUCGACAUGUUUCCAGAUGAACCGACGCAAGACCCUAGGCGAAGAUCUCAUGGAAACUCCUUUACGACGAUGUCUCUCCACUCUCGACAUCACAAUGCUCGGAAUUGGGCAUAUGGUGGGUGCCGGUAUUUACGUCUUGACCGGAACCGUAGCUCACAGCAUGGCAGGUCCUGCCAUCGUUUUGAGUUUCCUGAUCGCUGGAUUAGCAUCCGUUCUGGCGGCAUUAUGUUACGCCGAGUUUGGAAGUCGAGUACCAAAGGCCGGAUCCGCUUACGUCUACACUUACGUAACUAUAGGAGAAUUCUGGGCUUUCGUCAUCGGCUGGAAUAUUCUUCUCGAACACAUGAUAGGUGCGGCGUCAGUAGCCAGGGCUUGGAGCGGUUACGUUGAUGCUUUGACUGGCGGAGUUAUAGCAAACGCUACAGCCGGAACUUUUGGUGAAAUGCACAGUGGAAUGCUGGCCAAGACUCCCGAUUUCUUGGCCUUUGCCGUUUGCUUGGCCUAUUGUGGUCUUUCCACAUUGGGCGUUAAAGGCUCAUCCUACUUUAACAGUUUCUUCACCAUGGUGAACAUCGGCGUGAUUGUCUUUGUGAGUGCAUUCGGUUUCUACUGGGCCGAUUACCGCAACUGGACCGACUACGGAGGAUUCACGCCGUUUGGCUUCUCCGGAAUCUUGAGCGGAGCGGCCACUUGUUUCUACGCUUACGUCGGCUUCGACAGUAUCGCCACAUCGGGAGAAGAGGCCCGUGAUCCGAGUUUCUCCAUCCCGGUGGCAACUUUCGUUUCGAUGAGCGUCGUUUCCUUAGGUUACAUUUGCGUUUCGGCCGCUCUCACCCUAAUGGUGCCCUAUACCCUCAUCAACCCGACGGCGGCGUUGCCGGACGCUUUCGCCUCUCACGGCAUCACCUGGGCGCGGAUCGUCAUCAGCGUCGGGGCGUUGGCCGGAAUGACGACCACACUAUUUGGCUCGCUCUUUUCUCUUCCACGGGGAGUGUACGCAAUGGCACAAGACGGUCUUCUCUUUAAAGUCUUUGCUAGAGUCAACGAGAAGACCCAGGUCCCGUUGAUAACCAUCGGCGUCUGUGGACUCUUUAGCGCUUUCGUAGCUCUCUUUUUCGAUAUUGAAAAACUAGUCGAAUUCAUGUCCAUUGGCACUUUGAUGGCCUACACCAUCGUCUCGGCAGCUGUCAUUAUACUUCGCUAUCGUCCCCUCGUCGUUAGAUCCGACGUGCUUCCCUUAACAGAAUCCCCCGUGUCACCUGGAAGCGCCAAGGACUUUGUUAACAUGCUGAAUGAAGCUGGGCGAUUGAAACCGAAAUUCUAUUGGAUCGAACGGCUCGUGGGCAGGUAUGAACCGGGUGUUCUUCCAGCUUAUUGCGUCUUUAUUUUCACCGUCACCUGUGGCUGUAUUUUCUCCAUUCUCCAAUGGGGAGGAAAGGCCGUCUACCAUCCUAAUGGUCCGGAAUGGUGGCUCAUCGUGUUACUAACUUUCCUCGUUGCAGUUUCUCUCAUUACUAUAGCUCUUAUUGCUGUUCACAAUCAAUCGACCGAAGGAUUGAGAUUCAAAGUCCCUUGGGUUCCCACCAUUCCAGCACUUUCUAUCGUUGCUAAUGUCGCACUUAUGGUUAAUUUGAAUCCAAUGACGUGGGUUCGAUUUGGCAUCUGGAUGUCUAUAGGUUUCGUUAUUUACUUUGCAUACGGAAUGAGACACAGCAAAGAAAACGCUACAGUAACCUCUUACUCUGGUUUACUGAAAUCGAAUUCCCGCACAGGAGAGUGGGGUUCUACUCUGACGGCCAAAGAUCUACCCGAUACACCGACGUCUCAGACAGAAAAUUAAAAAAACAGACAAUUAUUUUUCAAAAGCUACUGUUUCUGUGUCACGUUUAAAUUUUAGAUGUAUUUAAAAAAAGAAAAAGAAGUUUAAUUUUAACUAUUCAGAGCCACCGUUUUCAAAUGUAUUACAGGCCAUAUUUAAAAAAUAAAGAAGAGAGAAUGGCCGAAAUACACAUUUAUCUGCAACAGCAA